AUGAGCAACGAACUGCAUCAGCGUCAGCCGAACUACGACCCGUUUAUAUACUCAAAAUCACAAGUGCCCCCGCCAGACUUCAAUGACGAACUGGAUGAUGGUCUAGUGAAAGACAAAUUCAAGGAUUUUGCCGACAAAACUACAGCGCAUGGUGCUAAGCGGAUUCUGAUAGCUCACAAUGGCAUCAGCAGAAUGUUUUGGAUGGGCUUGAUUGUGGUCUUUCUAACGUUAUUUCUCUAUCAAGCCACUACGCUUGUUUUAAAAUACAAAAAACACGAUAAAAUUACGAGUAUUUCGCUCAAGUUCGACCAAGUCGAAUUUCCUGCUAUCACAUUCUGCAAUCUGAAUCCGUAUAAGAAAAGUUUGGUAAUGAUGGUGCCAUCUAUACGAGAUACGAUGGACGUAUAUGACAACGCUAAAUCACAUAGCAAGACGGACGUGCCCAAGAAACCAAAGUUCAGACGGAAGCAAUUUCAAGUCGAGGCGGCAAAAAGGGUGCAACAGUUAUUCGAGAAAGAAAUUGCUCAGGGACAAGAGGAGUUGCGCAAGCAACAACUAGCUCGAGGAGAAAUUAGACGCAUUGCGAAAAGAGAUGCUAAAUUCGAUCCAAGAUUUGAGGCGAUUGAAGCUCAUUGCAAAUGUGUAGGCAGUCUCGAUAUGGAAUGCAUACGAUUUGAAACGCCACCGAAGGAUGAAAAUGCAAAGUGCGUUUGUACCUACGAUCGCGAAAUGAUGGUGGCUUGGCCAUGCUUUAACAUAAGCGUAUGGUAUGACCACACAUGCCCUUCGUGUAAAGAAGAUGGAUAUUGUGAGUAUAGUUCACAUGAAGGCGGAGAACCUGAUAAAGAUGCAUUAGAAUGGCCGUGCAAAUGUCGCAAUCGCACAGAAAGUAUAGAGAUAGUGGAUGCUCCUUAUUGCAUCGGCAAACGUCCGCGGGAGAUUCGAAAGUUGUGGGUUGACGACUUCUCAAACACUACAAUCACCUCUACUACUCGUACUACUACGACAACCACAACGACCACGACCACAACAACAACACCCACAACACCUGUAGUAACCAUACCUCUUUCCUCCCCUUCCACUACCUCUACACGUUCUACCUCUACCUCUAUCAUCACUACCACAACGCAGUCACCAACUAAAGCAAUGCCGACAGCUCGGCCCAAUCAGAGAGCGAUUGUGAGCAAUCCGGAAACUAUCAAAGCUAUGGGGUUUUCGGGAAUGACUGAUGGUGUUGCGAUGCUGACAAGAGCCAAAGAGAACUUGAUGUUUACCAUGUCUGCAUUGUCUGUCGAUCAGCGUAUAGCCUUAUCUCAGAGCAAGCGUGAAUUCAUAGAGAUGUGUUCUUUUAAUGGACAUGAAUGUAAUAUUGAAGAGGACUUUCGUCUUCAUGUCGAUCCAGAGUUUGGUAAUUGUUACACAUUUAAUUAUGAUGUAAACAACAACUACACAAGCAGCAGAGCAGGACCAAUGUAUGGAAUAAGAGUGCUCCUUUUCGUGAACACUUCUGACUACAUGUCAACUUCGGAGUCAGCUGGAGUGCGCCUUGCAAUACAUGCCCCUACCGAAUAUCCAUUUCCCGAUACUUUUGGCUACUCGGCUCCAGUGGGCUUUGCCAGCAGUUUUGGCAUGAAAAAGAAACUAAUUCAAAGGCUGUCCAAACCUUACGGAGACUGCAUUCAUCCAGAAAGUUUCAAUAAAACUGAUUAUAUAUACCAAAAUUACGACUAUCAUCCUGAAGGAUGUCAUCGAAGUUGCUUCCAAACGAAUUUACUGCGUGAUUGUGCGUGUGGGGAUCCACGCUUCCCAGUGCCGGAAAACAGCAAACAUUGCUCAGCAUUCAACGCAACAGCAAGAGACUGUCUGGAAAGGAACAUUGGUUCCGUCGGGGAUUUUCAUCACAUAACAGAAAGAAUGAAUUGUGAAUGCAAGCAAAGAUGUACGGAGGUGGUGCAUGAAGUCACAUUCUCGACCAGUAGGUGGCCCUCAGGAGCGACGGAUCUUGGAGACUGUGAUGGAAUGACGGAAACGGAAUGUGAGAAUUACUACCGUCUGAAUGCAGCCAUGGUCGAGGUGUUCUACGAGCAACUAAAUUAUGAGUUACUUCAAGAAUCUGAAGCCUAUGGACUUGUGAACCUCAUCGCCGACUUCGGUGGACAUCUAGGUUUAUGGCUAGGAUUCUCAGUGAUUACGGUCAUGGAAGUGAUAGUUUUGGUAGUGGAUGUGUUGUCUAUUUGUUUCCGGAGAAGAAAUGACAGAAUGAUGAAGAGUAAUGAGCAUAGCAAGGAUGAAAAAGCAUUCGCGCAACCACCAAGUAAUGAAAAAUCAAAAUCGCUUGUACAGAUAUGACUGGGACUCACUUUACAAAGUUGUGAUAUACAUUGUUGCUGAUAUGCAUAAUGUUUGUACAAUAAAGUUGUUUUUUUUG